AAGCCCCGUCUUCUGACUUCAAACCUUCCAUUUACAUGUAAUACCCGUGUUUUGCUGUUUUAUGAGGAGUGAAACUGAAAAUGGAAGAAAAAAAGGCAUUUGUCCCUCAUAGUCACUUACCGUACGGUAAGGUUGGUUCUGGGUUUUAUUCAACUCGAAGCAUUGCUAAUCGUCAAGUGGUUAAGACAGCGACCCCUUUGGUUCUGAGAGAACUUGAUGCUAUGGCCCUAGAAAAACAGUCUGUGGUGACCCUAGUGGAUUAUGGGACUGCUGAUGGUGGAACUUCGACGAGUCUUAUCUACGCAUGCGUCAAAGCAAUACGAGAAAAAUACGGAGCUAAACUACCGAUAAAUGUGAUCUACGAGGAUCAACCCGUCAAUGAUUUCACGUCUGUGUUCUUGAGAACACAAGGUUUGAUUCCUGGUCCUCGCAGUUAUCUCCUUGACUUCCCCAACGUGUUCGUCAUGGCCAGCGGUACAAAUUUCUACGAUCAGUGUUUCCCAAAUGACAGCGUGACAUUAGGGUUCUCUUCUAAUUGUGCACAUUGGUUGCGUGACAAGCCUUGUGACAUGACUGGAACUACAUUUCACCUAUUCAUUACUGUACCAGAGGAAAAAGAGAAGUUUGUAGCACAAGCCGAAAAAGACUGGGAAUUAUAUCUAACGAAAAGAGCUGCCGAGCUUAGACCAGGAGGCAGUAUGGCCCUGGCGGAGUUAGCUGUGGAUCAGAAUGAUCAGUUUGCAGGACACACGAAAGAUGCCAAACAUUGUUGUCACACAGUUCUAUCAACACUUUGGAAAUCACUUUCAGAUGAGGGAAUUAUCACUAAGGACGAGGUUGCCAAAACCAAUUUCAUCUUGUACUUCAGAAGGGUAGAUGAGUUCAAGAAGCCAUUCAAGUGUCCUGACUCGCCUGUUGUCAAAGCAGGUCUAGAGUUGGUUUCCAUAGAAACAAAAAUCGUACCUUGUGCAUAUAAGGAAAAAUGGAUCAAAGAAAAGGGAGAUGCCAAAGAACAUGCAAAGAAAUACGUAGAAAGUAUUCGAGCGUGGAGCAACAGCACAUUUCUUUCAGGAUUAUCGGAUUCUCGUUCUGCCGAAGAGAAAUCUAAAAUCGUCGAUGAAUUGUACCACCGUUACGAAGCUGAGGUGGCCAAGUGCCCUGAGGAUUAUGGGUCUGCAUAUGUUAACGCCUAUUUGGUUAUAAGAAAGCGUUUACGUACAGAAUCUACCGGUAGCCAAUAACAUGCGACUGGUUUAAUUAUUGCACUGAAACAAGAAACAACCAUCGAAGAUGACUUGAAGCGAAGAGAAAUAACCACUCAACCCCGAUGUUAGAUUCAUUUAUUUUUUUUACUAGCUUUUUAUUUAUUUAUUUAUUUUUUAAAUUAAAGAUCUUUAUCGAAUUUUGAGGA